CGUGGCUAUUGUUUAUUUCUGGGUGUUAUUUACUUAAUUAUACUAUUUUAAUUGAAUACUGUUUUUCAAUUUAUACUUAUAUUAAUUCAAAAUAAUUUAUCAAUCAAAAUGACGACAGUUAAUUUGGCUCUGAAUAGUAUAAUUAACGGAAGAAACGAUUUCUGUUGUUUGUGUUUAAGUUCUCUAAAAGACGAUCCUAUAAAAGUUAAUGAUGUAGUUGUGGUUAAUUUAGAUAAUUAUGAAUCGGACAUAGCCGUUUCAGAUGUUUUGAGUGUCGUAUUUGAUGAAGAGAUGUGUACCUACAUAAAUACAUUGAACUCGCUAUGUGAACAUUGCACUAUGUCCGCAAUAAGCUCCUACAAAUUCAAACAAGCCAGCCUAAAGAAUGCAGAGUAUCUCACAAAUGUUCUAGAUGGAAUUGCAAACAAUUUUGAAUACACAACAGAAUUUUAUGACAGCAAAUGCCUCUAUGUGUCAUUUAAUACUAAAAAUCUCACUAGCAAACAAUAUUAUGAUAACCAAAAAAGAGUUACCACUCCAAAAGCAGCCUUACGCAGAUUCCAGGCACUAGAAAAUACCAAAAAAUUUAAUUUAGAUCAAAUGAUCCUUCGUAAUAUCAAAAAGGAAGAAAACAGUGAAAGUCAUCAAACAAAAAUUAAGAAAACUAGACAUUACAUUGAUAUCCCAACUAGUGAAAUGUUGUUAGAUAAGAACAAUCGUAAUUUAUUAAGGUGUAAAGAAUGUUUUAAAGAGUACCCAACAAUUUGGAAUUUAAGGAACCAUUAUAUUAGAGUACAUGCUCCAAAAGAUUUCAAAUGUCCCAAGUGCCCUAGAAAAUAUGGCUCCGCAGCAUUCCUAGAAGCACACAAAUCGGAGAGUCAUGUCAUGGCAGUUUGUAGUGAAUGUGGAAAGACCUUUAGAAAUAAACACACUCUAAAAAUGCAUGAAAUGGGCCAUCAAUUAACAUUGGUCUGCCCAGACUGUGGCAGAGUCUACAAAAAUAAAGCAACAUUCAAAAAACACAUUCAGCUAAAUGUUUGCGGGAAAGCGACAAGGGCACAUCCAUCUGAAGCUAAAUAUACAUGUGACUAUUGUAAUAAAAAAUACACACAAAAAGUUUCCCUGCGAGUUCAUAUACAGUAUGAACAUGGGAACUACAAAUCUCAUAUUUGUGAAUGGUGUGGGAAGAAAUUCUGGGCCCAAAGUAGAUUAAAAGCACACAUUGUGAAACAUACUAGAGAGAGAAACUUUUCUUGUUCAAUUUGUGGAGGAAAAUUCGUUACGAAAGAGUCACUUUUAUACCACACUAGGACACACACUGGUGAGAAACCUUACAAAUGUCCGCAUUGUGACAUCAGAUUUCUCUCAGCUUCCCGCAGAUCAGAUCAUAUAAAACGUCAUCAUUUGGGAGCGACUCUAGAAUGCGAUAUAUGUCACACUAAAUUCAAUACUAGAACCUUUUUACUAAAACAUAAGAAAACUCAUAUGAGAUCUGUAAGUAAGAGUGAUGAAGUAGACGUAAUAACUGAUGUUGACCAGUCCGGUACUGAAGAUCAAACUGAUUCCAAAAAGACUGUAAAUGAAUCUAAAACCAAAGACCUUUGGAUAUGUAAAGUUGAGGAAAACUCUAUUCCGAGCUACCAAAAGUUGGCCAGCACCAGUGAAGUGGAUUUGAAUCAACUUACUCAACAAGUUUAUGAGGAUGAUACAGAAGAAGCUAAAAUCUAUUUGGAAGUAUCUGAUGAUACGGAUGAUUAUAUAAAGAUCUUGGGUGUCUAAUAUUAAAAUAGCCUUUAAAAUUGCAUGUUAAUAUAAUAUUGUUGUAUAUUAAAAUAAUUUAAGUGACAUUUGUAAAUGAGGUUGUGGACAAUAGCUAGUUGAAAUUGAAAAUAGUAUC